CUUGUCCUCAAAUCAUGGCGCAGCAUCGGAGUGGUCGGACGUGGUGUUGGCAGGUCACAGUCAGGGCGCUUCAUGUUUCAGCGCCGUCGCAUCUUGCCUGCCUCAUCCCCGAAUCAGCAAUCGCACGCACGCGCCAAAACGGUUCCCGCGUGAGCCAUCGUAGGGCUGUUGAUGCGCAAUCUGUCAAUCGAAAUAUGAUCCUUCUGCUGGUCGCCGUAUUCUGACCUUCGAACUUCUUCUCGACUUUUCGCAGCUUCAACGAACCGGAACCGCGCCGGCGCUAAAAAUCGAUUCGACAUAUACGCAGGACGUUCACUUCGCCGCAGACGUACGCAUAUUCUCUAGCCCAGGGAAGAAGGAAGAAGAGAAAUGAAAAUGCUCCCCCCGACGCUCCUCUCACUCAUCCUCAUGGCGCUCCCCACCCUCACGCUCUCCUCUCCGCAACCAGCCCUUGUCUCGGAAGAAUACAUGCACCUCAUCCCACGCAACACGCUCUUCUUCCGACAAGCGUCCGACCUGCAGACCUUUACGCAAAACCUCGGCGGCUUCUCCGCGUCGCCCAUCACGAAUAGCGGGGAUGCGAAGCGUCCGUUUGAGGUCGACGGGGAUACGUUCACGGAUUUUGACAGUGGUGCGCAGAGGAGUUGCGAUAAUCAGUUUCAGAAGUGUAGUCAGGCGGCGAAUGAGCAGGGGAAUAAGGGUGGGUUUAAGGUGGAGGAUUGUGAUCAGCAGAAGAAUCAGUGCAAUGACGCGCAACAGAAUGCGCAGGUGAAGGACUUCAAUACGGGCGUUGCGAGUACGAAUAUUGGGCCGGAUCCAGAUUUUCCGGAUUUCGAUUUGAUUUGUGAGGCGUAAGGGAAGAGCGGCGUAAGGAGGAAGGAGAACGGAAAUUGAUGGAUUGAUGGAUUGAAGACCGAAACGGCUCCAGGAGGAAGAUCUAUGGGUCGAGACGUGACAUUAUGCGACGAAGGCCAUGGUCUGGGUGUGAAUGGUUUAGUGGCUAAGCAAGAUAGUGACCGUCUCUGGGGAUAGACUCCUUUCUAAGGAGAAACUUUCUAUGCAGAUAUAUU